GAGGAAGCGAGGGACGGGAGGUGGAGCCUGGGGGAAGGCGGUGCUAAAAAGAAGCCUAACGGAAUCCAGACGCCAGUGCAAUCGUGCGCGCCAGGCUGCGACGGCGGCGGCGGUGGCGUCGCCGAAAGCUGUAGCUCAGCUGGCGAGGUCUUCUCACCCCUGGGAAGCUCCCUAAUCUGUCGCCUCCGCCGCCGCCUACGCGGUGGCAGCGGCGGCGGCCUUGCUGGUGCCUCCCUCCUCUGCCACCUCCACCCCUGCCUGCUCACUUGCCGGUGCUGUGGAGAAGGCGGCGGCAGCUUUGGCGGCUCCACUAUGGCGGCGGCGGGGAGGGGGGACAGUAGUUUUAAAGUAGACACCUGCCCUUGCCUCAGAGAAGAUCCCACCUGUGAUGGACAAGAACAAUCUGCGUAUUUUACAAAUAAUUUUUGUAAACCAUGUGGAGUGGUUCUACAGCAUGAAUCAGAAAGGAUUUCACAUUUUGAGAGUGAAAUACAUGCUCAAAAUGUUAAGUUCUUUUUUCAAAUGCGUGGAGAACAAAAUGAAGUGCCUGGUAGGAAAGUGAACAUGAAUGUUGGAAAUUCUCAGGUGUACACGAGUGGAGAAGCCAACAGAAACCCAUUUACUGGUCUCUACAACAUGAGUUUUGACUCCGCAGCUGCUGCUCCAUCUCCCUGUGUGGGAAGUAGCCAUUCUCAAACUCAGCCGCAAUUACUGGAAGAACAUAGUCAAGUAUCUUCAUCCACAUGCCCACCAACGAUGGAUGAUAAACCCAGUACUGCUCCUGCCCCACCAACUUUCCUGAAGUCUGUUAUUGUGAAGCCUCCUCCAGCAUAUAGAAUGAGAACCUACGUAUGCCAUAUCUGCAGUAUCACCUUUACAUCUUUGUAUAUGUUCCGGUCCCACAUGCAAGGAACUGAACAUCAAAUUAAAGAAUCUCAUGUUAUCAAUCAAGUGAAGAAUUCAAAGAAAAUGCAAGAGUCUUUCCAAGCUGAAUGUGGAGAUUACAUCCAAAUGAAGAAUAUAGAGCUAGAGCCCGAGGCUCAUUUCAGGAACAUGGAGGAUACUUACAUGGAAACCCAUGGAUACAGAGAAAUGGUUGAUUCUAGACCCAGACAUCAAAUGCUUGAACAAAACCUUCCACUUGAAAAUUUCUGGGCACACCCAGGACCAUACAGUGAUUCUAGAGCAGUAGAGGAGCAACCUCAUCAUUUACCAGCAGAGUCAAAGACAUAUGACUCUUUCCAAGAUGAACUUGAAGAUUACAUCAAAGAGCAGAAGGCCAGAGGACUUGAUCCCAAUAUUAGUUUCAGACGGAUGUCAGAAAGCAAUAGGUACGGGGAUCACAGGUACACAGAAAUGGUUCAUUCUGGACAGACACAGAGGCCAUGUGAGGAAAGGGUUUCAUAUGAGGCACCACAGACCUACCAGCAAGAAUAUAAUGAGUCCCCAGUGGAGGGCCAAACUCCUCACUGGUUAGCACCUCAGUCAAUGAGGAGAAAUGAUGAGUUCCAAAGUGAAUCUGAUGAUUACAACAAGGCACAGGAAUCUAGAGAAUUUGAGCCAAAGACUUCUUUUAGAAGAAUUGAUAGCUCUUUUGAAACCCAUAAUUACGGAGAAAUGGUUGACGCAAGUUCCAGUCAUGGGAUGUUUGAGGAAAGACUCCCAUGUGAGACUUUCCCGACCUACCCAGAUCCAUACAGCCUUGCACAAGCAGUAGAAAACAAGUUACCUCAUUGCUUACCAGCUUAUGAGAACCAGCCAAGCCUAGACACUGAUAGCUACUAUCAGCUUACCACAGAAGAGUUCUCAGAAAUGCCUGUUUCCCUGAGCCUUAGUCAACAAGAACAUAACCCUAGCUCAUACAGUGUAGACUAUGACAUUUACAAGCAUCUGCCCUCAAAUGACAAUGCCAGUGCCCAUGAAACAAGUCAUAAAAGGCGACAUCAGAAGAGAAGACGACACCUGGAGGAAGGAAAAGAAAGGCCAGAGAAGGGACAGUCCAAGCAUAAAAGAAAAAGAAGCUAUCAGGAUAAAGAUUUAGACAAAGACAAGAGACCCAAGCAAAGUAAAGGAGAGGAAGAUAAAGCUGGAGUCAGCUCUGAAAAAGUUAAGCAUCGAAGAAAGAAAAGAAAGCAUGAAGCAUCCUCAGAGAAAGAAGAACGUAAGCACAAAAGACAGAAAAAGAAAUCUGUUGAAGAAAGAACAGAAGAGGAAAUCCUUUGGGAUGAGUCAAUUCUUGGGUUCUGAACCUAUAAUAUACCGAAAAGGACUAAGAGAAAACAAUAUUGGUUUAGAUAAAGACAGGAGUAAUAAGGAAAUAUAGGUACAGAAGCAGCACAGAAAACCUUUGGGUUUCUUUGUUUUCGAAAUUUGAAAUUGAACAUGAGAAACAAUAUACAAGACAUCUAAAUCCAGCAUUUAAGGAACUGUUUUGAGGUAAAUGUACUCAAAGAAUUUGAACUUUUAAUUUUACUUACAUAAGAGUGAAUAAGAAAACCAGCGGGGGAAAAAUCUGAUGAAAUCGGUGGAGAAAUUUUAGAUAAAAUUGAGUACUUUGGAUGAAGAGAAGGGUUAAAGUCAGUGUCCAUUCAAGAAAAGAGUCUAUCUCUGUGUAUGUGUGUAUUAUAUAUGUGUGCCUAUAUAUACAUAUGUGUGUAUGUGUAUACGUGUGUGAUCGUGUGUAGGUGUCCUGUGCUGUGCUCUGCUCUGCUCUGCUCUGCUCUGCUCUGCUCUGCUCUGCUCUGCUUCGCUCCGUUCCACUCCCCUCCUCUCCUCUCCUCUCUCUCCUACUUCCCCACCCCUCUUUUUCUGCCAUUCCCUCCUUUCAAAAUGUAAUUGAAAGAAGAACCACAAAGUCUAAACCUAGCCUUCAAAAAAGCAAGGACACAAUACUAAGAGCAGAGAAGAAACCUGCUGAAGAGAAAGCAGAAGAUUCAGUGUUUUCUAGUUUGCAGUUUAGUUACCUUAAGGUUGAAAAACAGUUGAAAAUUUUGGUUUCCUGAAAUUUGUGUUCUUUGUGUAUUUGUACAUGUGUACAGUUAAUCUCUAACAAAGCCAGAUGAAGUAAAAUUAUUCAUUGUGCUUUUCUAAAGUCACUUUCUUUGACUUUCUAAGAAAGAAAACUUACUCUAUUGCUUAUGUAUAAUACAGUUUUCUUAAAGUAGAGGUGUUUCUACUUUGUCCAUAAAGUUGUAAUGGAAAUAAGUUGUUUGCUCAUGGAAAUUAUGUACUUAAAAUGGUGAAUUGCAAUGUGGUCUACAGCCACACCACCCUGAAUUUUCCCAACCUUGUUUGAUUUUGGAAGAAUGGUCAGCCCUGUGGGAGACCAAACUUCACAGAAUCCAUUCCUUUUAAGAAUUUGUGUUAGUAUUGGUGGUAUUUUACUACUGUCAUGUGUUAACAUUUCUGUUUUCUUCAAUGAAAAUGUAUAAAACAACAUAGACUUUUUUGUUAAAUCUAAUUUGCAGUGUAUUUUUGUAUUUUCUAGUUUUGAAAGUGGAAAAUUAGUGUAUAAUAAAUUAGAUGAUAUAUACUUUUAAAAUGUUCUCCAAAAGGGCUGAUAGAAAUCGGUCUAUAUUCUGAAAAAUGUUUAUAUUAAAGUGUUUUAAUUUCU